AUGCUCGUGCUUGUGGAUGUCGAGGAUUCACCUGUUGUUGUGAGCAUCUUGUACUUCCAGUCCAAUGUCCGGUAUGAUGUUGGUGGUCGCGAUUUGGUUCUCCUGACCGAAGUUCAGAAGUGCACUGGAGUUGGAUGCGUCUAUGGCUCGUUGUUCUUCCACAAACAAAAGAAGAUGCAGUACCAGUUUACUCAAGUCGGACGAGUGCAGCAAAGCGCUGUUCGAAGUCCAGUUCAUGGAGAAAACCUCGUUCAAACUGAGCGGCUGUGGUGUAUCUGGCUGAUGUGA